AUGGCUCUACUACUGAGGGUGCUUUUGCUUUCAUUCGUCAGCCAAUGCGUUUCUGCUGCUUUGAUUAGCAAUCUACCCGGAGCGCCACCUGUUAAUUUCAAACAGUACUCCGGGUACUACACCGUAGGAACGGCAAAGAACCAUCAACUGCACUACUGGUUCGUUGAAUCUCAAAACAAUCCCAGUACCGAUCCUGUUCUCGUCUGGCUGACUGGUGGUCCAGGAUGCUCCGGCCUUUCCGCACUACUGACUGAAUGGGGACCAUUCAUGGUUAAUCCUGAUGGAGCAACACUGUGGAUGAACCAUUACUCAUGGAACAAGAACGCUUCAAUUCUCACUCUGGAGGCUCCAGCCGGCGUCGGAUAUUCGUUUGCCACCGACGGCAACGUUAAAACUGGAGACGAUCAGACAGCCAGUGAAAAUUGGGAAGCCUUGACGGCAUUCUUCAAAGAAUUCCCACAGUAUCAGACGAACGACUUCUACGUGACGGGAGAAUCCUAUGGAGGAGUCUAUGUGCCCACUUUGGUACAAACGAUCCUGGAUAGGCAGGCACAACUCCGCAUAAACAUUAAGGGAUUCGCAAUUGGCAAUGGAUGUGUGUCCGACAAUGAUGGCACUGACAGUCUGAUUAACUUUGAGUAUGCUCAUGGAAUGAUCGACGACAACAAGUGGCAAAGAAUAAAAUCGCAGUGCUGCCAAAACGACACCGACGGCUGUCCAUUCCAUUCCUUCAACGGGCUCGACACAUGCUCAUUAUUCGUUGAGACCUCAUCGUUGGCUGCUUGGAAUGGCGGAAUAAACCCUUAUAACAUGUACGACAGUUGUGUCAAUCAACCUGGUACCACAGUAUCCACUCGAUUCCGACUUGAAUACAAACAACGAACCGGGAAAGAAUUGGAUACUUCGCAGUUGUCCACAGUACCAUGCAUGAACGAGACUGCUGUGACGACAUAUCUGAAUCGUCCAGAUGUGCGACGAGCACUUGGAAUUCCUACCUCUCUUGGACCGUGGGCAAUCUGCAGUGACGAGAUCAGUAAUACAUACAAAAAGCAGUACGGCGAGAUGGACACGCGAGUGAAGAACGCACUGGCCCAAGGACUUAAAGCAAUGAUCUACAGUGGCGAUAUCGACAUGGCCUGCAAUUUCCUGAUGGGACAACGGUUUUCACGCAAGCUCGGCUUGAAGGAGAUUGCCGCUAAGAAGCACUAUAUUGUUGACGGACAAAUCGCCGGUUUUCACACACAUUACGAUGGUCUUCAUUUCGUUACAGUUAGGGGCGCUGGUCACAUGGUUCCUACAGACAAGCCGUCAGUUGCGUAUCACAUCAUCAACUCGUUCCUGUUCGACCAGUCAUUUUGA